AUGUUAUGUUUUAUUAAGAAGUACAUAUAUUUCGAACUUUUAAUAAUUUUACGAGUUGUAAAUUACUGGAUCCCGUUAAGCAGUUUCUUAAAUAUCACACUAGUGUCUUAUUUAUCAGUGUUAGGAUUUAUUUAUUUAAUUUUUAAAUUUAGAUAUGCAAAUUAUUCUAAAGCACUACAAAACUGUAACUUUAAAGGGAAACAUGUUUGCAUCAUAGGGGGCUCGGAAGGGCUUGGGUUGUCGUUAGCCAAAAGACUUAUCAAGGAAAAACCCGAAACACUAUCAGUGAUGUCAAGAAAUAUAAAUAAACUAAAAGAGGCAAGAAAUAUUUUAUUAAGCGAAGUGGGGAAGGACAAAAGUUACUCAGAUAUUAAAAUAAAUAUUAUUAAAUGUGACUUGAGUAUGAAGGAGUCAAUAAAUGAAGCAUUCAAUAAUGCGUUAAUAAAUAAUAGUUUAGAUAAGGAAGAAAAUUCAAAAAAUGAUACGAAUUAUGGAAAUGAAAAUAAUACAAGGGAUAGGAAUAAGAACAUCGAGAAGGGAAAUGUGGAUGUAAAUGAUAUAAACAACAUUGACGUUCUUAUUUGUAAUGCUGCUUACGUGAGUACUGAAGAAAAUACUAAAUUGCAAAUGUAUGAUUUAAUUUAUACAGUUAAUGUAAAUAUAUAUGGAAAUAUUGAUUUUAUAUCUAGGGUUAUUACAUAUAUGAAAAAAAAGAAAAGUGGAACUAUUUUAUUUAUAAAUUCUGAAGGGGCAUUAUACCCCAUUUAUGGUUACUCAUACUAUUUAAUGAGUAAAACAUCCAUGUGGACUUAUACACAUAUUUUAGACCAAGAACUAAAAUAUUUCAAUAUCCAUAUUGCAAAUGCAUUCUUACCAUCAAUUCAAACACCUGGCUUUGUUCAAGAAAAUUUUAAAAAACCAGAUGUUACAAAAAAAAUUGAAAGUUUAACUAGUAUUCUUAAUUCAGAUUAUGCAGCAGAUAAGGUCAUUAAUAAAAUAAAGCAAGGAAGAAAAUUUAUAACAUUAAAUUUAAAUGGAUAUAUGUUGUCUAUAUUACAUAGUGGUUAUAGGAAUCCGGAAUCCUAUUUUGAUUACUUAAUGCAUGUUUCAUUUUGCAAUAUUUUUGUUUUUAUAUCAUCUCUUUAUAAACUAUACAUCGAAUACGUCAUAAAGAAGAAGUUCCAUUCCAUACUGUGCAACUGA